AUGGCUGCCCAUGCCAUGAUCUGCAACGUGACCCUGCAAUAUCACGCUGCGUUCUUGCACAGACGCUGUGAUGCUUUCUUGGGCAGCAACACAAUGAAAAUCCGUCAGGAAGCGAUCAAGUCGGCCGGACUCACGCUCUUGUACGAGCCAGACUGGCCGACAGACCCGGUAGUCGACAUCGUCCUUGUCCAUGGCAUUGGCGGGCAUCCCGUGCGGACGUGGACAUACAGAGGCCAGGAUCACGCUCCCACAGCAGACAAGCCCACGGGACCUCAUCCUCAGCCCGGGAUAAAGAGAAGAUUGACCAAAGUGCCGCCUGAAACGCGACUUCGACGAUCAAACUCGGAGCCCGUGCUUGUGAGAGAAACAGGCCCCCUGAGCAGAUCCAGGACUCUGCUUGGGAAGAGCUCGACCAAGUCGACGUCCCGACUGAACCUCGACGGCCUUGGCGAACGGACCAAGCAAAGUCCUCCUAGCAGAUCGAGGAGUCUCUUGAGGAAGGCAUCAGCCAAGUCGUCGACGAGGUUAGCGCUAGCUGACCUUGCUGAACCGGCCAGCCAAUCUGCCGGGCCCGAUGUCGACGCGUUCUGGCCACUGGACUUCCUUCCCGCGUCAUGUCCGAAUGUUAGGAUUUUCACCUGGGGCUACCAAACGCUUGUCGCCGACGGGAAGCCCCUCCGCCACCAGGGGGAUGUCUUUGCCCAUUCCGAGGAACUGCUGGUUGAACUGGCCGGCACCCGCGCAGGAUUGGGUGCCGCAGCCAGGCCAAUUAUCUUCAUCGCUCACUCCACAGGCGGUGUGCUGGUCAAGGAGGUAGGUGAAAGGUACCGCUUUUACUCCGACACGUGUUCUCACUUGUUUGGCAUCCCGCAGGUCCUCCGCUUAUCCGAAGCUGAACGCGACGGGCCCCUGAAGAGGGUCCUGCUGUCUACUUCGGCCGUCGUGUUCCUCGGCAGUCCGCACCGCGGGACAGAACACUGCAACCUGGGCGAUGCCGUCAGGAGCAUGGCGAGCGUCACCAUGGCCGCAGAUCCCAAUGAUCCUGUUCUCCAGGAACUGUGCGGUGCGAACACCGUUGAGGUCGAGCUCGGCCGCCAGACGUUUGUGCGGCUGUGGAACGAUUACAACUUCAAGAUUAAGACCUUUCAGGAGUCAGUGAUUCCGAGCUAUCGGAAUGCGGAGCUUAGAGCAGAAACGACCAUGCGGCGCCUUGCCAGCUUCAUUGGCGACCCGAGGGAAAGUGCCGAGACCAUCUACGCGCUGCACGACGAUAUCUGCAAGUUUGGCAGCGCGGGGGACGCCGGAUAUCGCGCUCUGGCGAGGACUCUGGCCGCGUUUGUCUCGGGGGAAGAGGACGGCCGCCAUGAGUUAAACACCAAAGAGACGGAAUGCCUCUCCGCGCUUGCCCCACCGCAGCCGUCUACCCAGCCCGAGACCCAUCCUACCACCGUGUACCCGGGCACAUGCCUCUGGCUGUACGACCUGCACGAUUUUCAGGCGUGGCUUCACCGCAACGGCCCGAACAAGCACAAGAUUCUCUGGCUGCGAGGAACGUCAGGCUGCGGUAAGUCCGUGCUACUCCGAUCGCUCCGGAACAGGCUCGAGAAGCAGUGGAAACCUGCGGGCGCCUCCUUUAUCUGGAGCGCUACUCAACCCUACGAUAUCCCUCCCGACCUCUCCCUUCCCGACGGUCGCGAGGCCAACCCAAUCGCGCCCAUCGCUCGUAACCUUUUUGCCCAGCUCUUCCUCCAGGAUCCGCGUCUCCGUAAGGCGCUCCUUGCCUUAUACAGCCAGCCACGGAGCGGCCCGCGGACCUUUGAUGACGCGCAAAUCGUUUCCCUUUUUGCCGAUUACUACGUCAAGCGGAAGGUUGAAACGUCCACCCGAAGGACCUUCAUCUUCGUCGAGAUAGCGGAUGACGCGGGCCCUACUUACGUCCACGAGUUGCUCGACCGGCUGUCGCACCUUGCCCACAACUCAGACUUCAGCAUCUGCGUCGCGAGCGGCUAUCGCGAGGAGAUCAUCGAGGAGGAGAACGUGAUAAGCAUCCCCGUGCACCUGCGUAACAACGAUGACAUACUGCGCUAUGUCAAGCUUAAUCUCGUUUGUGGGUGGAAAGAGCGGAAUCGGAUUAUUACUACGGUCGUCCGGAAGUCCGGGGGCGUGUUUCUGUGGGCUGAGAUUGUGGUCAACAUCCUGAACGCGGCUAUGAUCGAGGGCGCAACGCAGGAGAUGAUCGAGUAUACGCUAGGAGAAGUGCCCAGUGAUCUCCACGGCCUGUACGAGUGGAUGCUCUCCACGUUGAACGACCGAGAGAGAGCCGAGUCUCUGAUCCUCUUCCAAUGGGCUAUGCUCGCUGCCGAGCCAAUGCGCCUCAACGACCUCCUUCUCGCAGUCAGGCUCACCGAACCCAACCCAUUCUGCCUGUACAGGGAAUCGGGUCCCCUCAUGGGCCUGAAUAUCGGCAAGCCCUUCUCGAUGCGAGAGCUCCGGCAGCUUCGCAACUCGGAAAUCACAUCCGACACGCCCUCUCAGUUCCACCGCUGGCUGCGCGCGCGCUCCAUCGGCCUGCUCGAGCUCAGGUCCGACAACAGCAGCCGCCAGGCCGCCGCCCACGACGAACCGCUCGGCCUGCAGCGCGUCCACCCGAUCCACGGCUCCGUCCGCACCUUCUUCCUCUCCGGCCGCGGCUUCGCCUGCCUUGCGCGCGGCAACCCCUCCAUCCCGCCGUCGCUCCCCAUCGCCGACUUCAUCGACAUCACGCACUACACCCUUCUCCGCGCCUGCCUGACCUGCCUCAACAUGCGGGACUUCGAAUCCCUCGGCCACGGCGCCCACCGCCGUCGCAAAGCGCCCGCCCCUCCAUCUCCAUCUCGAUCUCCAACCUCCCCUUCAUCGGCCCUCCUAACAAAGCUCGAGACAACCCUCUCCUGGCACCCUCCCCCGACGGUAUCCUCCCAGCGCCACCUGAUCAUGUCCUCCUUCCCCUUCCUGGAGUAUGCCGUCUCGCAUCUGCUCUUCCACCUCCUGUCGCCGCAACCCUUCCGGUAUUUCCUGCCGCAGCGCGCCCUCCUCGCCGCCCUCUCGGCGAACAAGUUCCGCCUCUGGAAGCGCUGGACCUCGCUGCUGGGCACGUACGACCCGGACGCCAUCAUCGCCAAGCACGCUUCUCCCUCCUCCUCCUCCUCCUCCUCCUCCUUUUCCUACGGGCGCGGGGGUACCACCGCUGCGCUGCUGAGUCCCGUGUAUGGCGCCCGGUUCCGGCUGGAGAGGGUGCUGCGGAAGCUGAACCGGCUGGCCGCGAGCGAGUCGUAUGUCGCGAGGAGGAGCGGCGUGCUUGAGCCGGUUACGCCUGUGGGGUUGUCGUUGUCGGUGGAUCAUGGGGGGGAUGAGAAGAAGAGAAGGAAGAAGGGGCGGGAGGAGGAGGAGGAGGAGGAGGAGGAGGAGGAUGGGGCGCCUGAGGAGGCGUGGGUGCCCGGCAGCACGCCGGGGUUCAGGUUGCCGUCUGAGUUGAACCUGCCAUUGCCCAGUGUUGGGGGGUCGUCACUGAGUCCGGUUGAGAGGGUUGAUGCGGGAGGGGAGAAUGGAGUUGGCUUGGCUGUGUAGUACAGUAGGCACCUUACUCUGUGCGAGCUGGUUUGGAUCUUUCUCGACUGUAGUUUCAUGAAGGUAUCUUGAGCAAAAGUGUCCUGUAAUUCUACUGUGAUGGAUGAGGAACGAACAAAUAGCUUUAUUAAUGUCAAUUAGUACAAUCGCAUAACCCGCACCGUAGUAGGAUGUUUAACGAGAUUGCUCUAAUACAU